AAAUGAAAACGAGGAAGAGAAAGACGGACUCCCAUGAUGCACUGCACUGCCAACGUAUGCAAACAGGAACAUGGCUACCGGUGCUUAACAUUAGCAGCCUGUCGUAAACGAUACACUUCAGUUGGCCUGACACAGUCUGUGACAAUAUAAUAUUUGCUGUGCCUCCGCCACAGAAGAAACGCGUUCGUAGAGUUUAUCGGCGGAGCCAGCAGACCAUCUGAAAACAGCGUCUUUCGUUGUUCAUCAAUCACAGACAGUGUGGGUCAACAUGGCGAGUCCAAGGACCAGGAGAGUUCUGAAGGAAGUGAGAACCCAAGACGAGAAUAAUCUAUGUUUUGAGUGUGGGGCUUUUAACCCUCAAUGGGUUAGUGUGACCUAUGGGAUCUGGAUUUGUCUUGAAUGCUCUGGCAAGCACAGGGGCCUCGGUGUACAUCUCAGUUUUGUGCGCUCUGUCACCAUGGACAAGUGGAAAGAUAUUGAGCUUGAGAAGAUGAAAGCGGGUGGAAAUGGAAAAUUCCGCAUUUUUCUUGAACUCCAAGAUGAUUAUGAUCCCACCUGGAAUUUACAGGAGAAAUACAACAGCAAAGCUGCUGCACUCUUCAGAGACCAGGUUGUAACUUUAGCAGAGGGUAAGGAGUGGUCCAUUGAGACAUCCCCUGCCAGAAACUGGACAUCUCCUCAACCUAAGACCAGUCUUUCAUCCUCUCAUCGCUCUGGAGGACCUGGACAAAGCUCAGCAAAAUCUGGCGACAAAGCUUUUGAAGACUGGUUGAGUGAUGAUGUGAACUCAUAUCAGAGUGGAGGGGGCUACAGUGGGAAUCAAGAGAAUCGGUAUGUUGGCUUUGGCAACACAGUGACCCCAGAGAAGAAGGAAGAUGACUUCAUCAACAAUGCCAUGUCUUCUAUUUAUUCAGGUUGGAGCAGUUUCACUGUUGGAGCUAGCAAGUUUGCUACUAUCGCUAAAGAUAAUACAUCUAAACUGGCAAACCAAGCAACCUUGAAGGCCACAGAGUUAGGACAGACAUUAAAUGAGAAUGUUAUCAAACCCACCCAAGAAAAGGUAACAUUGAUGUUUGAAGUUGUUGCUUUGGUGGUGGGAUUACAGUGCUUUAGAGAAAAAACAGCUUCAGAUGUGAAUGUGCUAUUUUCUACACUGCUUGUCUGUGCCAGUUUAUCUGCUUUAUGCCAGCUUACAUUAAACAACAAAAGCUGUGGUUUCAAGGAUGCAAAAAAAAUGGGAUUUGCAGAAGCAUACAGCUGUGAACUGUUUAUUUUGGGAACGGAUCUGAGUCAAUGUGAACUUUCAGCACAGUCGCUGGACAAGGCUUAAAAGUGCAUUUAAACAUGUUUAGUUUUUAGCUUCAAAGUAUCACAAAGGUCAUUUAUGUCUUAUAAACAUGUUCUGUUAUUUCAAAUGCCAAUUCACUUUGAAUGCCAGUUACAUGAGCCUUCUGUACACUUAAAUAUACAAAGCAUGUUACAUUGGCAUCGAAUGUAAUCGUAAUAUCAAUGCUAUAUUUAAAAAAUGCUCCAAUUCAGCUUCAAAGCUGGGCCGCACCCACCUCCACAUAUAACGACAUAAAUGGGUAAUACAAAGAUCUUAACCAAAUUCAUUUUCCCAUUCAUCUGGCGAGGUAACUGAAUUAAAAAAUGUCCUGGCUUCAAUUUAAAAAAUGUAGGUCAAGCUUCACUGAUCAAUUGCAAAAGAUGAAAUGCCCCAGUCUUGAUCCUUACGGCAGACCCACACUGCCUUGUUGAGUUCUUUAAACAUAAAGUGACACAACCUGGAGCUCUUCAAUUGUCAAAUAAUUGCUCAAUGGCUUUGCAGAUUCAGUGUGUCUGAGCUUUGUUUUUGGCAACAUGUAUAAGCUUAAUAUGUCACCAUCCCUGAGGUCAUGAUGAGUUGUUUCCACAUAACUGCUCUAACUCUUUUACUGUCAAGUGAGCAGCUCCUGAAUGUGUCUGUUACUGAGAUCAAAUGAUUCCUGCGUAGCGAUAAGAAAACAUGCUAAUGUUCAUCAAUCAAGAUACAGGAAGAUAAAAUAAGAGUUUACUUUUUAAUUUAACAAUCUACUUUCACCCUGCUGUGUAUUGGCUUACUCUCUAGGUUUGAUUAAUGGAAAGUGGAAAGGCAAAUGACU